AUGGUGCGAAGGGGCGCAGCGAACGGCGUUUCCUUUGACACGAAGAAGACCGAAGUCAUGCACUUCUCCCGUAGCAAGCUCGGACUGCCCGCAGUACGCCACGGCGAUGCAGAGAAGCACCCCGAAUCAGCUCUGCGCUGGCUUGGCAUCUGGCUGGAUACAGGCUAUCGUUCAGGUCCACGUCGAGAAACAAAAAGUGUCUUCAGGACACGUCUCCGACGCACCGACGAGCUGCUUGCGCCCUGCGAGCGGCCAAAACUCGUCCAGCGAUGCUUCCAUCAAGAACAGAUGCCUCCACUCCAGAUGGCGUCAAAAGAGAAAUCGACCGGCGCCUUCCUCCACUGGGUUGAGAGACUCGGACCCGCUCCACCUUGGGUCGUAUACUCAGAUGGCUCUCUAUCCUCGGAAGGAGCUGCAAGCUACGGCUUCCCCAUUCAUCAGAACAAUGUCCCCAUCUUCGAUGGAUCAGGUCGCCUUGGGCCUGCCGAGGUCUUCGACGCUGAAGCUACUGGGGCAUUAGAGGGCCUCAAAGCGCCCUGA